GCUCGCGGUUACGUCACUUCCGGCGUGUACGUCUGGCGUCCGCCCGCCGCGGGAUGGCGGCUCUGAGAAGUUGGCUGUCGCGGAGCGUCUCCUCCUUUUUAAGGUGCAGACAGCGGGUUCCUGUGGUGGCGAGCCUGCGGAAGCGCCGUGUCUCGGAGCUGCUGAGGCCAUGGCACAAAACGGUGGCCGCUGGAUUCGGUGUAGCCCUGUGUGCAGUUCCCAUUGCACAGAAACCGGAGCCUCAUUCUCUUAGCAACGAGGCACUAAUGAGGAGGGCUGUGUCUCUGGUAACAGACAGCACAUCCACCUUUCUCUCUCAGACCACAUACGCAUUGAUUGAGGCCAUCACCGAGUAUACUAAGGCUGUUUAUACCUUAAUUUCUCUGUACCGACAAUAUACAAGUUUACUGGGGAAAAUGAAUUCACAGGAGGAAGACGAAGUGUGGCAGGUGAUCAUAGGAGCCAGAGUUGAGAUGACUUCAAAGCAACAAGAGUACUUGAGGUUGGAGACCACGUGGAUGACCGCAGUUGGUCUUUCAGAGAUGGCGGCAGAAGCUGCGUACCAAGCCGGAGCAGAUCAGGCCUGUAUAACCUCCAGGAAUCACAUUCAGCUGGUGAAAUCGCAGGUGCAGGAGGUGCGCCAGCUCUCCCAGAAAGCUGAAACCAAGUUGGCAGAAGCACAGACAGAAGAACUCCGUCAGAAAACACAGGAUGGGGACGACAGGGCUGAGUCAGAGCAAGAGGCCUACCUGCGUGAGGAUUGAGGGCCUGAGCCGCUGCCCACGUGUGCCCCUCAGCCUGGGGUCGGCAUAGCUUUCUCUGCAGAGAGGAGGGAGCAAGUCCUGCCCUGGCCCAUUAGGCCAGAGGCCUUCGUGAGCUGUGAGUGCCUGACCCCUCCCUCUGGUCUCAGGCUCACACUGGACCUGGUUCAUAGCCCGAGGCACUGCACCGUUUCCUGUUGCACCCCACUCCGCACAGCUGCCCUCUCACCCAUGGAUCUUUUUAUUUCCCACCCAGAGCAUCUCACCAACCUGGCCAGAGAGAGGGGUCAUCCUCUGUCAUACCCAGUUAAAUAGCUGUUUUAACUUGUUCCUUUCUUACUCACAUUUUCCACUAGGAUUUAGUGUUUGCUCCCUCUGUAGGGAUGUGAGUUCUGGGAGAGAGGGGAGCUUGUCCGGUUUGUAAGAUUUAAUGUUUCUAAUGCCUUCUCUGACCUGGCCCUACUGCCCUGUAAGAGCCCAGGCCAAAGAGCCCGAACUCCAUUCUUUAUUCUUGAGGGACUGAGUUCAGUGUUUACCUGGUAUUCUCAACAGGACUCACUCCGACACAUGCUUCUCGUGUCCUCCCUUCCUUCGAGUUUCUCUAUUGUAUCUGAAGGAGAACAAUACUUUUUUUGCAUCUAAAAAAAAGAGUGUGUGUGUGUGUGUCUCCAG